AUGGUGAAGGCAUGGCCGACGGCCGCCGUGGAAUCUGGCGGUGCAGGGGGGGUGUCCACGGAGGCGCCGCGCAGAAGCGAGCGGCUGCUGCAAGAAAUAGUGGGAGGUAGUGCAGACGAUGCUGAAGCAGAGUUUAGUUGUGCCGCCCUGUUUAAUUUGACAGCAGAAGAAAGGCUUCCAUACUUUAAGCGGUUGUACAAGAAGAGAGCUAAUAUGGCCUUAGCUUGGUACAACAAAAACAACCCAGAGGGUCUCUAUGAAUUUACGAGCGUGGUCCUGAAUGAUAUUUAUAAUUUCAUGGAUGGAGGACUUUGCUAUAUGCACAUGAAUUUCAAGGCUAGGAAUGUGACAACAAGGUCAGAGGAGCUCUUUUUCGCUGAAUUGGCUUUAAACAAGGAUGUUUUUGAUACCAAUAGUGGAUAUUCAGCCACUGCCUGCAGCAUUGUUGAUGGCAACUGUGUUGGUGGUAAGAAAGAUCUGCUGGGUGUUGAUGGUUUGCCAGUGGAGCGUUAUGAUGAAAAAAAUUGCUAUGCAUGUGCUGAGAAAAUAAAGCACCCCACAGGAGUGACCUACAGUGGAGGUCAUUACGUUGAGGACUAUUUCGCAGAUAAAAUGGACCGGAGGUAG